UCAGUUAGGUGAGCUAGCUGGAGACAGCUGACGGUGAAGCCAUUGUGGGAGAAGUUUGCAGAGAAACGUCGCUAAAAUAGUCAAUAAUUAUCACGCAAAACUCAAAGCUGAUGGUGUGGGAGAGAGAAGUUUAGCACUCUUCAAGGAUUAUUUUUCGGGGAGACAGCAGAGAGUUGAGAUUGGGGACACCUUUUCCAGUUGGAAAGAUGUUAAAAGAGGAGUUCCGCAAGGGAGUGUUUUAAUAUAUUCAUCAACGACUUGUUUUACUCGGUUACGCAAGCUUGUGUCUAAAGACAGGAAACAUUUCUGUGAUGAGUGUCGUGAAUGGUUGCAUGGAGGAUGUCUUUUUAUAUCAAUAUGUUAAAAUUGCUUUGGCUGUCGCAGUGGUCAAAAGAAAGCCUAAUGAUUUGAAAGUGAAACCAUAUGUCAGUGGACUUAAACAACAACUGCACUUGAAAGAUGGCAUUUGGAACAAGAAGAAAAAGAAGUUUCUAGAGUGUCAGCAGGAGUGGAUGUCAAAAGCUUUACCAGUAGAUAUAGAUUUAGAUGCAGAAGUUGCACCAUUCAGUAAAGAAUGCGUUUCCUUAAGCAAAUUCCAAACCCAUGAAAGAUACUUGCACCUAAUGAAGAAUGUUAUUUUGCAGUGCAAGAGUGUGGAAAAUCCUAUUUGGUCACCGAAGGAAGAAUCCAUUCUUCUGUGGAGCUCUCUACUUGGUGCGAUUGAAUCAGAUUUGACCAUGGUCAUUCAGGAUAGGGAGCCCUCGCUGCCAUUCCCAAAAGGGAUGUACCUUGCUGGCAUCAGGAAGAUUCAAGAUAUGCCUCUUGUAAUGGAGGACUAUUCAGAAUUUACACCAAGGAUGAUGGAGCUGGUGGACUCCCUGAUAAAAUGUUUGCUUCAUUGGCAAGGAGCACCUUUGAGAUUUACAUCUGAUGACAUAAGGAUAAUCUUGGUGUCACUUGGAUCCUCUCCUGCUUUUAGAGACAUCUGUUUAUUAAGGCUGGCAUGGGGUGCGCAGAACUUUGGUUCCUCUCUUAAAGUAGUUGCCAAGGGAGAUUGUGAGUUUUAUGGCAAAGUUAUGACCUACCAGAAUGUUUUCCAUUUGCUUCUUGCACUUGAGGAGAUACUGAGGAAUACUUUUCUGAAGCAAGAGACUUGCUCUGAGACAGUUUCUUCCAUCUAUCGCAAUCUUAAUAGCUCACUUCAGCAUAUCUCGGCAGCCUUCCCAGUCUUUACUCACUUCGUUUGGAGACUGCAAUUGUUGUUGUCAGGACAUCCCUCCUUUUCAGAGCAAGAGGAACAAAAGUCACCUUGAGACUUGAAAAGGAAGAUUGACCGCUGUUUCCUAAAUUAAUAUUAAUAAACCUCCAUUCAAGGCGAA